GACGCCGGUCCUUCAUUUCUUCACCCCCACUAAAAACCAACCCUAAACCCCCACUUCACCGCCGGAUCGAACACCCUCUAUGGCAACCAUGUCUUCCUCUCGUCAGCUCCACCGUGUCCGCCGCCUCUCCACCGCCGCCGCCGCUCCCGCUCCCGCCGCCGCAACAACCAGCGCUGAGGCUUCGGCUUCGGCUUCCUCGAUCUCCAUAUCCCGAGCCAAAUCAAAGCUCCGCUCCGAGUUCGACCCCGACAAGGCCCUACAAAUCUACUCCUCCGUCUCCAAGCACUACUCCUCCCCCGUCGCCUCUCGCUAUGCUCAGGACCUCACCAUCCGCCGUCUCGCCAAGUCCCGCCGCUUCGCCGACGUCGAGGCCCUCGUCGAGUCCCACAAGAAGGAACCCCAGAUCACGCAGGAGCCCUACCUGUGCACGCUGAUCCGAUCCUACGGGAUUGCAGGUAUGUUCGACCACGCGAUGCGGACUUUCGAGCAGAUGGACCGGUUAGGCACGCCUAGGACAGUGCUCUCUUUGAAUGCUCUUUUGUCCGCGUGCAAUGCAUCGAAACUAUUUGAUAGAGUGCCUGAGUUGUUCGGUGUUUUGCCUGGCAAGUACGGCGUUUCGCCGGAUAGAGUGUCUUACGGGAUAUUGGUGAAGUCGUACUGCGAGGCGGGGUCGCCCGAGAAGGGGAUCGAGGUUUUGAAGGAAAUGGAGAAGAAAGGCAUUGAAGUCACUGCGGUCACGUUCACGACAAUACUUGAUUCUCUGUAUAAGAGAGGGAGGGGCGGGGAAGCGGAGAAGCUGUGGGAAGAGAUGGUCAAAGGAGGCUGCGUGUUGGAUUCUGCUGCUUACAAUGUUAGGAUUAUGAAUGCGCAGAAUUCGGGGGCAGAAGACGUGAAGAAGCUGAUUCAGGAAAUGAACAAUGCAGGGUUUAAGCCGGACACGAUCAGCUACAACUACCUGAUGACUUCUUAUUUGAAGGCUGGGAUGAUGGACGAGGCAAUAAAAGUUUACGAGGAGUUGGAGGGCAACGGGUGUAAGCCAAAUGCAGCAAGUUUUAGGACAUUGAUACAUUAUCUUUGUAAGAAUGGGGAUUACGAAAAGGGGUACAAGAUUUUCAAGGAGAGCGUGAAGGUGCACAAGAUUCCUGAUUUUAUUACACUGAGGAGCUUGGUUGAAGGAUUGGUGCAGAAGAAGAUGACCAAGGAGGCGAAGGGAUUGAUUAGGACCAUAAAGAAGAAGUUCCCUCCUAAUUUCUUGAAUGCGUGGAAGAAAGUUGAGGAUGAUCUUGGCUUGGCUUUGGUUGCCAAUGAUACCGAUGCAUCUUUGACUCUUGAAGAGGAUAAAGAGGCAACUGGGUAAGUCAUAAGCUCACUGCAAUUAACAUAUUGACUGAGUUCCAAUAGCGUCUUUUACGAUGGAAUCGACUUGAUUAGAUUGAAUGUCGACGCACAGAACAUUAGGAUCACAGUUCUGGUAAUGGCGGAAAUUGGAGAAGGAUUUGGUUAUACAUGAUGAACUGUACCGGAGAAAUUAUGAGGUUUGCCUAAUGGUGGUCGGAUUGGUAGUUAUCCAUUGGUUCAAUUUGUGCUUCUUUUAGUCUGUGAAAUUUUUAGUGGAUUAAAGUCAGGUUUUGCCUUGCUCAGAGCCUGUAGUGAGCAACCAUCAUUCACAUCCAAGGGAAUAUAAUUGUUUUGCAUUGGUUCGCUGAUUAAUUGGUGGUGUAAAACAUAUAUAUUUUAUAGUGCGGCUAGCUAUUGCUCGCCACAGCUCUUUGGCUCUAUGCAAGUUCUAGACAUUUUUGUCGAUGCUAGCUUAUCUAUGAGACUGUUCAAGUUUGUUCACUGCUCGUUUGCUGAUUAUCAUUAUACCUAUCCGGAGUUAUUCAAUCAUUUAAA